AGGGGAGGAGGGGCUGUCCUCUCCAGCCAUGUCGUAGGGGCGCCCGGGAAAAUGCUUCGGGCCGGCGUCGGAGCUGCUGUUCGGCUCGCGGCUCCGGGCUGGGGGUCCCCCGGAGCUGGCGCGCGCGGGAAGCGGGGCUACGCCUCCGGGCAGGUGAGCUGGGGACACCCGCCUCUCCUCCCACUCGGCUGCAGGUGUGCGCUCCGAAGCCCGGCAACAGGCGAGCCUUGCGCGGAGUGGGAAGUGGCGGAGCGCGGCUGGCUCGCUGCGGGCAUCCAGGGAAGCAGCCGUGCCCUGGUGCCGGAGGGAAGGGGGCCAGGCGGGGGACUUUGGGUUGGAAGAGUUGCGCUCUGUUUUUCAAACGCUCAUGACUGAAACGGGUCAACUGCACAACCUGCUUAUUGUCACUGUUUUAAAGUCUGGGGGAUAUCUGAAUUGGGCAGUCCCAGAGCAUGUGCAGAGUGCAUUGCUUUCGCAUUAGCUCUCGCGCAUCGGAGAUUCCAGGACUAGCGAGGGGUCCGAGGAGGCUGCCUUUCCCAGGCAGGCUUCAUUUCCAGCAUCUCCCCGCUUUAGAAAGGGAGCGCUGAUCUUGGCCUGGUUUUUGAGGGGAGACCGGGUGAAAUCAAGGGAUCUCCUUGGGGGCGGAAAAGGCUAAGGAGUCCCGACAGAGCCCUCGCCCGCCCGCGCACCCCUCGCGUCCUUUUGGUUGAGUCGGAGGCAGGCGCAGUUCCCUGGGCAUUCUAAUGGCGAGGGGGCAAUUUCACAGCGGAUGCUUCUAAAGAAAGAGUUUAUACAGUAAGAUGCUAUUCUCAGCAUUAAGCACUUGGGCUGUAGUAGUAGUGGCUUCUCCAACAAAGUUCUUCCCUGGUGCUGACCCAAUAAUUUCCUGUUAUGAGGUGGGGGGGAUGUGGGGUGUGAAUGGAGGAAGAAACCUUCCAUAUGUGGGGGUUGAAGUUGGUAGAGUCUCCCCUACUGAACCCCUUGAUCAAUACCGGUAGUGAGCAAGAAACAGCAACAGUUUGCCCCAUAAUAGGUGCUCACCACAGCCACUGUCACGGGGAGGGUGUUAAAUAGCAAAUGUGAUUCCUUUGGAGAGCAUGGUGACUGUCUCCCAACUAUGCAGGCUGGAGCUUAGGCAGGUGGGAAAGUGAGACAGGAAAGGCUUUGCAGACCUGCAAGAGGGGGUUGGGUACAAAGGGCAAGCAGCUUUAUUUUCCUCUUGACAUUGGACUUCUGAUAAAGCACUAAGCAAACAAGCACUAAACACAAAGGUCAAAGGGAGCUUAGAGACCAGAGCUACCCCUUGUUCCAACAGGAAAAGUUUGGUCCCUGGGGCUGGCUCUCAGCUAGGAGGUGAUGAGUCCACUCUCCGAGACAGCUGGAGGUCAGUGUCUAGCCUCUGAGGCCACCCAGGGCUGCACACAUCAGUGCUUAAUUUAAUCAGAACAGGUAUAAGUUGGGGAAGAGCAGGAUGUUCUUCCUUCUGAUGCCGCCAGCGUUGGGAAUGAGAGUGGUGCGAUUGAUAAUGAGUCCUGGUUGCCCAUCUCAAGACUGCUGACCUUUCGAUGAUCUCAGAUGGGUUGCUGGCACCUGCCAGUCAGAACAUGCCUUGCCUUCCUCUGCAGGAGAGCCUAAAGCAGACGCCCCUCUAUGACUUUCACCGGCACCAUGGCGGGAAGAUGGUGGCCUUUGCUGGCUGGAGCCUCCCAGUGCAGUAUACGCACAGCCACCUGGAGUCCCACCUGCACACCCGCCAACACUGUUCUCUCUUCGAUGUGUCUCAUAUGCUGCAGGUAAUGCUGGAGGAAGCCAAAGGUCAUUGAAGUCCCAGCCUUUCUGCUGUGGGGUCAUUUUCAGCGGUGGGGCAGUGGUCAGUUUUGAAGUGCAGGAGCUCACCAUGACAGCCCUCCUACCCCACCACCACCACACACACCAAGAGAGUCUGCAGCUAGAUCCCCAAUGAUAGUCCACAAAUGUGGGCAGCUGUGUUGGUCCCAAAGAGCAUCACUACAUAGCAUAAAACUCAGUUUUAUAAGUAUCAGCUGACAAUCUGAGAUUCGUGAACUGGCAAAGGGUGGUGUGGUAAGAAACAUGCUGGACUUUGGCUGGGGAGACCUAGGUUCACACCCCUGAUCAGCCAUGAGGUUCACUGGGUGGCCUUGGACCAAUCAGUGAGUUAAGCCUACUUAACAAAGGAAUUAUGCCCCAUGCUCAAUCUGUCCUUUCAUAAGGCAACUCCUAUUUUAGGCAUGACCAAUAUGUGUGGGAUCACGCACAUCCACACAGCGCCAAACCCAGAAGUGUCAUAAAGACGUCACUGAAACGUCACUAAAAGGGCAGAAUGGGGUGUUUGCAGGCUUUUUCAAUGGGUUUCUGAUUUCACACAAUUUCACACAAGCACGCAACGGCCCGGAAUGCAAUGCCUUGCAUAAAUAGGGGGUGGCCUGUAGUAUGUUGGUUAGGAUUAUGUUUUAUUUACGAUAGAUAUUUUGUGUGUUUAUAUCCUACUAUACAUCACUUUAGGUCCCCUGGGGAGGAAGGGCAAUCUAGAAAUGUGUCUAAUAAAUGGAAAAAUAAUAAAGCCCAACUGUACCGCACCAAAGCAGCAGUUUAGCUGCAUGGGAGCGCCAGACUCAGAUGUUUUGUUCAAGUGUGCUGUCCUUGGUCCUGCAUAGCACCCUGGUAAUGUGAGGUGACUGUCUCUUUUACAGACUAAAGUGUUUGGCAGAGAUCGGAUUAAAUUCAUAGAGAGCCUUGUAGUUGGGGACAUAGCAGAGCUGAAGCCUAAUCAGGUAUGUUGGAGCCCAAUGGGUUACAUGCUCGGUGGGAAACCUUCGGCCCUCUGGAUCUUGUUGAACUCUCAUCAGCCCCAGUCAGCACAGCUAAGAGUCAGGGAUGACGGGAGUUGUAGUCCAGUCCAGCACCACAGGAUUCCCAUUCAUUAGGUUGCACACAAGUGUAACAUAAUGGAUGGCAUGCUGAAUUUGGAUGUGGAACAUCCCACUUCAAAUCCAUCAACUGGGUGAUCUUGGACAAAUCACUGUUGCUCAGUGGGCCACCUUAUAGAAUGGAUGGGAGGGGGAAAUGAUGUAAAGAAAGAUUGGCACUUUCCCUGCACCACUGAGCAAUGACAGGACACAGAUCUAAGUAAAAGUAAUACUUUUACAGGGCUUUUCUAUAAGAUCGAAGUGUUUCUUAAAUGCAUGUAAUUCAUUGCAUGCUACCCCUGCAAACUGUAAUCUAGCACCAGUGAAACACUAUUUCCAUUUAAUGGAUGAGGGGGUGAGAUGGAGAGAACCUUGCUUCCUGGGGAUAGCUAUAUAACCAUUGUAAAAAGGUAAAGGGACCCCUGACCAUUAGGUCCAGUCGCGGACGACUCUGGGGUUGCGGCGCUCAUCUCGCUUUAUUGGCCAAGGGAGCUGGCGUUUGUCCGCAGACAGCUUCCGGAUCAUGUGGCCAGCAUGACUAAGCCGCUUCCGGCAAACCAGAGCAGCGCACGGAAAUGCCAUUUACCUUCCCGCUGGAGCAGUACCUAUUUAUCUACUUGCACUGUGUGCUUUCAAAUUGCUAGGUGGGCAGGAUCUGGGACCGAGCAACGGGAGCUCACCCCGUCACUAGGAUUCGAACCGCCGACCUUCUGAUCGGCAAGCCCUAGGCUCUGUGGUUUAACCCACAGUGCCACCCGCGUCCCAUAUAACCAUUGUACUUCCCUUUAAAAUAGAAAAAGGGGGGGGGGAGAGGAUGAAUAGCAGGAGUCGAACACUUGGCAUUCAAAACCAAAUUAUUAAAGGUUCACAAAAUGGCAAGACAUUUAAAUUGUCUAGCUGCUCUUGUUUGAAAAUAAUAGAGGUGGUGGCUUUGUGAAAGAGAAGAGUGAAGGGAUCAUUGCAGAAAUCACUUUUUGUAGUGACGCACAAUUACGUAGGCAUGAGGGAGAGAAUCAUAUAAUCAUUGAGUUGGAAGGGACCCCAAGAGUUGUCUCAUCCAACCCCCUGCAAUGCAGGAAUCUCAGCUAAAUCAUCCAUGACAGAUGGCCAUCCAACCUCUGCUUAAAAACCUCCAGGGAGUCCGUUCCCCUGUCUAAUAGCUCUUACUGGCAGAAAGUUCUUCUUGAUGUUUAGUUGCUUGUUCCUCACAAGGUCACAGACACUGGCCAAUAUGGGUUUGCAUGUCUUAAUACAACAGUAUUCCGCAUUGCCGUCACAAAACAAGGAAUGUACUAUACAGAGGAAAAUCAUUAUGUCUCUCUAUUAUUUUUACUGCAUGUCUGCCAAAGCCUGGCUUCUGCUACACGGUCGCCACUCUUGGCAACCAGUAACUGAACUGCACUUUACUUUCAGGGCACUCUGUCUCUGUUCACAAAUGAAAGAGGAGGCAUCAUGGACGACUUGAUUGUGACCAGCACCUCGGAUCAGCACCUCUACGUGGUCUCCAAUGCAGGUUGCAGGGACAAGGAUUUUGCCCUCAUGAAGGUAUGUGUUUCUCACCAUCCAAUCCUACAGGGAAUUGUUCCUAGAUGGGAGGCGGCAGCAGAAACACAGACGAUAGUUAGGUAGUUCCAAUCCUUUGGGAAACUUGAUCUUUGUCCCUUGCUGCAGCUGAUGCUGGACUCAGUGAGAGAGAGGAUGGGAUGGAAGAGAGGAAGAUCCCUUCCCCCGCCCCCAAGUGGGUCAUGACCUUGCUGCUCUCUGUUUCUGCUUGCAGAACAAGGUGAAGGAAAUGAAAGCAGCUGGCUGCGAUGUAGACUUGGAAGUGUCAGACAACGCUUUGCUUGCUCUGCAAGGUAAAUAUUAUGUACCUGUGAUAACUGCCUCUACUGUGGGAAGCAGCAGACAAAAUACCCAGGCAUUUGCCUUAAGGGAAUGCACAGAACUGCUGCUUAAUUGCUUUGAUACAGUAGCAUCUCCCAGACCAAUCAAUAGCCUUACUGUUGAUCUUCCUGGGACAGCUAAUCCCAUUGUCCAAAGCAGGGGUCAGCAACCUUUUUCAGUCGUGGGCCGGUCCACCGUCCCUCAGACCAUGUGGUGGGCCGGACUAUAUUUUGAAAAAAUAAAAUAAAAUGAACGAAUUCCUAUGCCCCACAAACAACCCAGAGAUGCAUUUUAAAUAAAAGGACACAUUCUACUCAUGUAAAAACAUGCUGAUUCCUGGACUGUCUGUGGGCCAGAUUGAGAAGGCGAUUUGGCCGCGUCCGGCCCCUGGGCCUUAGGUUGCCUACCCCUGGUCCAAAGCCUUCCCCACUUCCACCCCACUUUUUAUUUAUUUUUUUGUAUCUUUAGGCUCAUUGGGGCAUUGCAAGGCCAGCUUGUUGCUAGCUAGUGUGGUACUGACUUGCCUAGGGCCUUUGAAUAUGACAAGCACACUUUCCCCUGUGCUGCUCUGCACCCAUGAGAGCCCAAGGGCCCUGCUACAUCUGAUAGUCCAUCUCAUCCAACACCCUGUUCUUACCAGUGGCCCAGCCCAACAGGUUAGGAUGGCAAUAGCCCUUUUCUUUGUCCCCUGAUACUCAGAGGGGAGAGGACUGGCCCUAUCACUAGGCAGAGUGAGGCAGCUUUCCCAGCAAGCCGAUCCUGUGAGGACAAGGAGCAACAGCAAGGGGUUAAAUGGCAGAGAUGUAUAGGUAUGCCAGGACAAGAUAAAGCCCUUCUGCCAUUCCAUGUGGGGGUGGAAUCAGGGACCACCUGAUUCCUUGUAUCUCUGUCCACUCACUAAGGUCUUUAGGGAGUGGGGUGUUACCUUGUCCUUCACCUCAGGCAGCAAGAUGUCUUGGGCUGGUCCUGGAAGGAGUGUGGACUAUAUUUACCUGUUGUGCCUGUUAAUGGUAGAUCACUCAUCCAUGACUUUUCCCUAGUCUUUUUAGAGACUAAGCUUGUGCCACAUCAUGUGGCAGUGAAUUCUAUCCUACUGCCGCGGUGGCAAUGAUGUGCCUUGUCUGAGAUCAGCAAGGGCAACACCCUCUAUGUGGCUGAGCCCACUUCAUUCAGCUAGAAAUGCCCAAUUCCUUCCUCCAUCAUUUAACUGGGACUUAUUGAACCUCCUUUUGGGGGGAGAGAGCCUGAUGAACUAACACCUCUUCAAGCUCCUAGCCAUUUCCCUUCUUCCUUCUACCAGGUCCUGCCAUGGUCCGAGUGCUACAGGCUGGGGUGUCAGACAACCUGUCUAAGCUGCCCUUCAUGACCAGUGCAGUGAUGAGUGUCUUCGGAGUGCCAGGCUGCAGGGUCACCCGCUGUGGCUACACAGGCGAGGAUGGCGUAGAGGUACACCGUCAGGGAAUGGGACGCGGGUGGUGCUGUGGUCUAAACCACUGAACCUCUUGGGCUUGCCGAUCAGAAGGUCAGCAGUUUGAAUCCUCACGACGGGGUGAGCUCCCGUUGCUCGGUCCCAGUUCCUGCCAACCUAGCAGUUCAAAAGCACACCAGUGCAAGUAGAUAAAUAGGUACCGCUGCAGCGGGAAGGUAAACAGCGUUUCCGUGCGCUCUGGUUUCCGUCAGUGUCCCGUUGUGCCAGAAGCGGUUUAGUCAUGCUGGCCACAUGAUCCAGAAAGCUGUCUGUGGACCAACACUGGCUCCCUCAGCCUGAAAGCGAGAUGUAUGCCACAACCCCAUAGUCACCUUUGACUGGACUUAACUGUCCAGGGGUCCUUUACCUUUACACGGUCAGGGCUUGGCUCAGCUAAGCAAAAAGAGGUGGGAGGAGCAAGAGCACUGAUGUUGUGCACUGAGAAGCAAAAAGCUAUUUCAGGCUGGGAGGGCAGCGUAUUGAUGAAGAAGGGGAUUAUUGAAUCAGGUUGGCUUGGGGGAGAAGGGUGUCAGUUAAGCUGGACAUAGCCUCAGAUUGAGCUAGCGUGCAGGAUUGGGCCAGGUGACCUGAAGUUGGGAGUGGGGGUGGGGGGGAAGGGUGGCAAAAAUCACACUGACCAAAUCACUGUGCUCCUCUGUACCCAGAUCUCUGUGCCUGCAAGCCGAGCUGUGGAGCUGGCUGAGCUGCUGCUUAAGGACUCCAGUGUGUGGCUGGCAGGACUCGCAGCCCGGGACAGUUUGCGCUUGGAGGCAGGUCUAUGUCUGUACGGGAACGACAUUGAUGAGAGCACAACCCCUGUGGAAGCCAGUCUGAUAUGGACCCUUGGUAGGUGCCAGCUGCAAUUCUGGAUUUCUCUCCCUGCCCUGCUUGCCUACCCAUUGACAUUCCUGGCCAAUAUCAAAUAGGCAAAAAGUCACCCAUUUCUGCACCCCAGACCAGAGUAGACUGAGCAUGGAACAAGAGUGUGUUUUUUUGGAAUGGGAGAGAAGCUGCACUGGGCCUUCAAUGGUGAUGGGACACUAUGUGGUGAGGGUAAUUUGGACCACAGACGGGGGAAUUCUUGUUCUGUUGGCCUUAACAGGACACCUUAUUUCCAAUUGCUUCUCAGGGAAACGCCGCCGUGCUGCCAUGGAUUUCCCCGGUGCAUCAAUCAUACUGGCUCAAAUCAAAGAGAAGCCCAAAAGGAAACGUGUGGGGCUGACUUCUUCAGGGCCUCCCAUCCGGCAGCACAUGCCCAUUCUCAGCCCAGAGGGCAAGGCCAUUGGUAAGUUCUCCAAGCUUCUCUGAGUACUGUCUAGGAAGAUGACACAUCAGCCCUCUGCUAUAAUAAGCACCCCAAUAAGCAUGUAAUACUUGCUGUGCUUGGUCAUACUGCAGGCAAUGAUGUUCGGUGCACAGCUUUGUUUAGAACUAGCAGGCUUGUACCCAUGAAUUAUUGGAAACAAAACCAGUGCAAGUUUUGAAAGGCUGCCCACCAUUUUGCUUCAAAAUUGUGUCCAUUUAUAUAUGAACAUGGAUGAAAACCUGCUCCUUAAUCUCUCAAACCACCAUGCAAAAUUUGGGUAAGGUGUACUGAGAAGUGUCCAAAGGCAUAGGGGACAAAGCUUUCAAAAUAUAUAGUGGAUUUGCUUCUAUUAACUCCCUGCCCCUUUCAGGCGGCAGAGUAGUACAUUCUAGUAAGUGAACCUCAUUGAAGAUUAUUGCAGAAUGCAGCCUUUUAGAAGUGUUCUAUUGGAACUUGCUCUUAGGGCCAUUGGUGUGUGUGGAAAACUAGGCUCUCCACCCUACUUACAGAAAUUGGGAAGAAAUUGCAUUUUUGGCAGCAAUUUUUAUUGAUCAUUUAAUGCAGAUUGUAUGUUUGCUUUGUCCGUUCCCCCAUGCGCUAGGUGAGGUCACCAGUGGCUGCCCUUCCCCCUGUCUGCAGAAGAACAUCGCCAUGGGAUACGUGGAGAGUGACUACAGCAAACUGAGCACAGCCCUCACUGUAGAAGUGAGGAAGAAGAGCUGCCCUGCUCUAGUGACCAAGAUGCCCUUUGUAGCCACCAAUUACUAUACAGUGAAAUAGGCGGCUGCUGGCAUAGGCUUUCAGUUUUGAAUUCUGGCCUGCCUAUAAAGGGCCCCUCAAUUCCAUUAGGGCUCUGCCACAAAGGUGGUUACUGAAAAGAAAACAACCCUGAAAAGAGAUAAACUAUUUCAGGGGAUGUUGGGGACGUUAACACCUGAAGAGGCAGGCAACUGAGCAAGACUUGACAACAUGCUUUAGUCUCAUCUGCCUCUUGGCCUAUUGCUGAAAGCAUAAAGAUCCCAAUGACUUGAUCUCCAGAACUCCACCUACCCUCCUUUUGCAUUUAUCCCCAAAUAUUAAAAAGUCCUUGAAUUUUCUCCUGCCCUUUUCAAUCUGCUCCUUUUCUUGAAAUGGUCUGAUGCAUACUCAGCUAGAAGCAGGAAGAAGACCCUUACAUUGCAACAAAAGUAAAGAACAAGCUUCUUGGUUUAUUCCUUCUAUUUCUCAUACGUAGGCUCAGCGCAUUCAUUUU